AUGGAGAAGAAGCGGGUGGCCAUCAUCGGAGCCGGGGUGAGCGGCCUUACUGCGUGCAAGCACGCAUUGGAGCAUGGCUUCCGUCCUGUCAUGUUUGAGGCCGACGUAGACGCCAUCGGUGGCGUGUGGGCGCACACGCUAGCCUCAACGCGGCUUCAGACCCCACGGCCAUAUUACCAGUUCACCGACUUUCCGUGGCCACCGGGAGUGUCAGAUUUGUACCCUGACCAUAACCAGGUCAUGGAUUACCUGCGCUCGUAUGCGCGACACUUUGGCGUGCUAGAGUGCAUCAGGUUUGGCAGCCGGGUUGCUGCUCUGGAGUACUCCAGUGAUGUGAACGAGGGGGAGAUGAUGACGUGGGAUCAGUGGGCCGGCAAUGGUGAGGCAUUCGGCAGCGGUCGGGGCGAGUGGAGCCUUACCGUGCAUCGCGGGGACCAUGUUGAGAUCCAUGUGGCCGACUUUGUGGUUCUUUGUCUCGGAAGAUUCAGUGGCAGGCCCAAUAUUCCCGCUUUCCCGCUGGGGAAAGGGCCAGAGGCCUUUGAUGGCACGGUGAUCCACUCCAUGGAUUUCUCCAGCAUGGACAAUGCAAAGGCCACCCAACUCAUCAAAGGCAAGCUCGUCACUGUCAUCGGUUACCAAAAGUCUGCUCUGGACGUUGCCACACGGUGCGCAAAUGUGAAUGGUCCGACGUAUCCAUGCACAAUGAUUUGUCGUACGAAGCGAUGGAUCAUCCCGGGUUACCACGCAUGGGGUGUCCCGAUUUCUUUCUUCUACCUCAACCGGUUUUCUAAACUCCUAAUUCACAAGCCAGGAGAGGGGCUGCUCCUUGGCCUUCUGGCAACGUUGUUAUCACCGUUGAGAUGGUUGUUCUCCAAGUUUGUUGAGAGCUACUAUAGAUGGGCUGUACCCAUGAAGAAGCACGGCAUGGUGCCAGACCACAGCUUCUUCGAUGCCAUGAGCUCAUGCUUGGUUGUGCUGCUACCCGGCAAGUUCUACACUAAUGUCGACCAAGGCAGCAUCGUUCUCAAGAAAGCAAAGGAAAUGAGCUUCUGCAGACAAGGACUUGUUGUAGAAGGCGAACCCUCGCCAAUAAAGAGCGACGUGGUGAUCUUUGCUACCGGGUACAGAGGUGAUGAAAAGAUGAGGGAUAUUUUCGUAUCACCCAUGUUCAAAGAUAUUGUAGCAGGCUCGCCGUCUAGCAUCGUUCCACAUUUCAGGCAAUGUGUCCAUCCUAGGAUCCCCCAGUUAGCCAUCAUCGGCUACUGCGAGAAUGUGUCAAACCUGCAUGCGUUCGAGCUACGGUCAAAGUGGUUGGCACACUUCCUUCACGGGAGCUUCCGUCUGCCUAGUAUCCAAUCUAUGGAGGAGAAUAUAAUCGAGUGGGAUAAGUAUAUGAAACGGUACGCUUCAACCCACUUCCGUCGGUCGUGUAUUGCACAGGUCCACAUCCUGUGCAAUGAUCAGCUGUGUCAAGACAUGGGGAUUAAUCACAAGAGGAAAAAUGGAUUCCUGGCAGAUUGGGUGCUUCCUUAUGGACCAGCAGAUUACGGUGGCAUCAACCGGCGGAAUAACUGA